CGAAAAAAAAUGUUCGGGCUCGGCAUCAUUGCUUUCCAUAUAUAGCCACUACAAAUUCUAGAAGAUAAUUUAAAAAAAUUGCGAACACAAAAGACACCCAGAAAUUUGCGGGAAAACCUAUAAAAUACGCUAAACAAUCCGAAAAACCCAGUAGAGACCCGAAAAAACUCCGGGACUGUCAACAUCCAAAGCCUGACAGUUAACCUGAAAAAGUCAAGCAAAGUGCGUUAGGAUAACGAAAAAAACAUGAGCAAAGUUGAAAAGUCCUAUAAAAAGCCGCACUACGGCAAAGGGGCCCCAAAGAGACGCGGCGUGGAAGAGAAGCUCAAGGGCUUUCUUUGCAGCUGCAACAUCAGAGAGAGGGACUGCGUUCGCGAAUCCUACAACUUGCUAAACAAGUAUGCGGACUUGUUGUGGCCCCCGCAGGCAGCCGCUAGUGACGCCAAUGUGGAGGAAUCGCUGGAGACCGAGCUGAAGAGCUUGCGAUCGGAGAAGCGCUUCCAGGUGGUGGAUUCGGGGGCCAAAAACCUGAUUUUCAUCAAGACUACGCUCGAAGAGCCGGUCACCUUAGCGGAACACAUUCUGCAGCAGAUCUACGAAAGCAAGAGCCAGGAGACGCGGUUUCUGAUCAGGCUGGUGCCCAUUGAGACCACCUGCAAGGCCUACAUCAAGGACAUUGAGCAGGCGUUCCAACCACUUUGCGAGCGCCAUUUUUCCUUAGAGUCCAAGACUUUUGCAGUUAUGUUCAAUCACAGGAACAACAACAGCGUAACUAGGGACGAGGUGAUUAAGACUGUAGCCGAUAUAGUGGCCAAACACGGCGAAAGCCGACAAUUGGAUCACAAAGUCGACUUAAAGAACGCGGAACUGGCCAUAGUGUUGGAGGUGAUUCGGGGCUUCGUCUUCAUUGGCGUCGUCCCCAAUUACUUCAAAUACAAAAAAUACAACUUACUGACGUUUGCGCCUUCAGAAGAGCCUGCAACUGACCAAUGUCCUUCGGCCAAUACAGAACCAGUUGAAAACUAGUCA